UUGAACAUUGACUCAGGCAAGGGAGAGAAGUCUCCGUUGGCUUGAUGUCUUUAGGCUAAAACGAAGGAAGAGAUUUUCUAGAUCAUAGGUUGAUGUCGAAAUGUCGAAACUUUUAAGAAAAAAUGUAAUAAUUCUAUUCUGUCAAUUAUUUGUUUUUCUUGGUGUUUCUUCACUUAACAACGUUAGUUUGAAAUUCGUCAGACAUGUCCCGGUCUACAGCUGGCCCCGUCCUAUAGCCCAGAGUAUGAGAGUGACGUCACGUCUGUCCUGCGCUAUCCAAUGUCUUGAAAGGUACCCCAGCAGUUGUCAUGGUUAUCUGUACAACGGAACUAGUCAAUUGUGUACUCCUUGUUCCGGAUUAUCUCCCCAUUCACAGCCGCAGUUCUCUUUAGGCUUAGGAGAUUUCUAUUUUCAUGAGUCUUGUGAUUCUUAUCCAGAUUUUAAAAUCCACACAUUGGUAAAUGGUACCAUCACAGUGUCAGCCUACGCUGCCUACUUUAAGUACCCUCCUAGGAACUACACGCAAGCUCAAGUCAUAUGUCAAAGUAUGAAUGCGCAUUUGUUUGUGGCCAGAUCGGUAGAAAAAUUUUAUCUCUUCCUGUCUAUUGGAGACAAUACUCUCGGCGACUGGAUAGGUCUGGAUGACCUGGCGAAUGAAGGUCAUUUUGUCUGGAUAGAUAAUGGUGAAGAAAUAAACCCACUGUUGAAGCCCCUUUUGUUUGAUAUCUACCAACCAGACAACGCCAAUGGAAAUGAAGAUUGUGUUUAUAAAAGAAGUUUAACAGAUCCACAUUCCCUGACACUUAAUGACGCUCCAUGUGCUUCAAAUAUUUCGUACAUAUGUGAGAACCCUCGUUGCUGAUCAAUACACAAUGUUUAUAUUUCGUACAUAUGUGAGAACCCUCGUUGCUGAGCAAUACACAAUGUUUCUACCUAGAGAAAGGCACAAUCAUAGAUAUAUAUAUAUAUAUAUUACAUUCCUAUUACGUCUAGUCGGAGGCGGCCUUAGCAGGGGCUUUGGGCGAGUGUCAGACACACUGAAUUGCGUCAAUCUUCUGCACGUAAAAUUUGGACUAAAUCCAAGCAGCACUUCAAGCCUGUAGUUCAAUGUUAGUCAACUCUUGAAGUUGUAUAGAAAUGCAAUGGUUGAAGCUGUUCAAAUGUUUUUUUCUAUUGCUUUUGAUUUACUCUCGCUAAGAAAUAUCCUGUUCUGAAUGCCUCCUCAGGUGAAGAUGUCGAUUCGUCGUUAUUCUCAUAGUCAAAUCAUUUGUUUUUUUUUUCUUGCGCCUGAAUGUUCGUUCCUUGAACAUUUGCAUUGCCAGCGACAGUCAACACCCUGACUUUUUUCCUUUGAUAGCGUAGCGCUUUAUCACUUUGGAGGCCACACCUCGCCGUGUUUUUGACAGUGAUUUGGUUGCUACUUCUUCUUCUUCUUCGUUCUCAUUGUUAUGUUUGAGCGUUCAGAUGACUAGACCAAUAUGUGAGAUGAACUGCGCAGUGGUUUCCGAAUCAGGAAGCUCCUUGCCGGCUGAGACUUCCAUCAUCCUUGCCGGCUGAGGCUUCCAAAAUAUGAAGUAACAAGUUUCCAUGACAACUGGUCUCUGGUUUCCAAAGGUGGAGGUGACAAGGGAAUCUUCAAUCACGUGUCCCCCCUCUCAGGCGCGGGGCUGUUACCCCACUUGCCCCUCUCAGGCGCGGGGCUGUUACCCCACUUGCCACCCCCUAAGGCCGCCUCUACAUAUAAGUAAUCAUAUAGUAUAGAGAACAGAUUUAAAUUUAUUUGCUAAGUGUGCUAUUUAUUGAGCAGUAACAAGUUUACAAUCGUCAAGCAUAAUUAUUAAUCCUCCAUUUGUUUACCUUGACACUUGAAGAAUUCUUUGAAAUUCAAAAGAAGUAAUUUAUAAACGACAGAAAAGAGAAAAAUGUAGAUCGAGAUAUCAAAUCUAAACAAAUCUAAAGAAAUGUAGGGAUGUUUUAUAAAGAACAAAUGAAUUAAGAUCAGCCCAUAGUCCGCCAUGCAUGUAGAUUGGCUGGUUUCAACGUUUCAGAACUUGACUAUCAGAAGCUAGAAACUCAAUUCUACCCACAAUCCUCCAGACAGAAUGUUUUGGAUUGCCUACGAUCACUUACUCCGCUUGUUGCCAGGUUACGUUCAGCGUGAAGAUUGCAUGAGUUUCUACAGGUAGACAAAGAGAUGUAUGUCACCAUGGGAUUGUGGGCUGAUGACGAAGGAAAGGAUUGCAAGAACAUUAUUUGAACAUUGGACAACACAGACAUAACCAAGAGACAUACAAGGAUCUUUCUUUGUAAAUAUAAUCUCCCUUAUAUUAGUAUUAUUUCAAAAGAUAUUAAU